AUGAAUACCUGCACAUCAUUCGAUGGCAAUUCCGACCUAUACGGUCUCGGUAUUAGGAUCGGAGUUUAUCUGCAGUGGAUCUCGACAUGGAUCAGCCUGCUUUUAGACCCAGAAUCUGCGCAAACUACCUACGACAUUAAUUCAGUUUUUGUCUUCGCUAUACUGGUGGCAACUAUCAUCGCAGCGCAACAGGGAGCAGUGCUCAUCGAGAUAUACCUCAUGUUGCAAUUCAUGCUUGGCUCUUUUGUCACUACUUUGAGCACGUUGGGCAUACAGAAGCUUACAACACGCACGUGGAAGUCGUGGGUACGAGAGCUAUGGGUAGGAUCUCCACCGAUUAUCAUGCCCCUUAAGAUCUCUCUCAAGGGGUUAUCGACCUGGAAGGCCCCUGGUCUCUCUUGGUCGGGGGUAAUUUGGAGAUUGAUCAUAGCUGCUCUGGUUGCCUCGUAUAACCUGGCAUUCUGGUUUGACUCUGUGGGCAAUGGUGCGCAGCAACCACCUAGACAGGGCUGCGGACCUCCUUACAUAUUUCUCUUCUCUAAGCAGCGAUUAGAAGGCACUGUCUUUGUCCUCUGUCGUGUGGCUGCCAUCGUCAUUGCCGUUAUCAUCUUUCCGGCAACUUUGCUCCUCUUACACCUAAUGAUAGAGCUUUGGUGGUACACAUGUCUGUUUCUGUACCGCGACUUUCUUUAUCUCUUGAGCCCAAUCCCACAACAGGCCUUUCAAUCAGCGCUCGACCGGAUCAAUCCAUUACUUGAACAGCAAGGGAUCCCCGUUCUGGCUACGCCAAAGGAUAAGGCAAUCCGCUUCUCAGAUGUGAUCAAGGUCUGUGUCUCGCUCGGGACAGGGAAAGUGACGAAGAAUGAGACGGAGACUACAUUUCCUAUGGAUAGUGUGGGGUUGAUGUCGGGUUGGAAAAAGGCUAGUAUUGAGUACACGAUCCACUGGAACAACAUCCACAGCGUUAAUACCAUAAAUACAACGGGACAGCUUAUUCCCUUCAUCAUCGGCUGUAAAUAUCCCGACUGGGCAGACACUCGACUCAAAGUGGAAGACGGUGAGAACGGCCCUAGGCUUCUCAAGAUUGUCAAGAGAAAUGAAGCCGAGGAUUCAGGAGAGGGGCCAUACAAUGCGACAAAAUAA